AUGAUGCCGACGUGGCCAGCCGCUGCUCCCCCUCCCCCUGUGGGAGCCCAGCCGGCUACUCCUUAUGCUGCCUCUUAUCCACUCGACUGGCCUGAUUCUGUCCGUCGUUACGUCCAGCGUUGUUUCAUGCCGAGCAACCUUGAUCCCACCGUCUCUAGAGCCGACCUGGAAUCAAAGCUCAAAGAAACUAUCACCUGGGCUAACGAGCAAGGUGUUAUGCACACCCUCGAUUGGGACUCGAUGCCCCUCCCUCAGCAAAUGAUACGUGACGAGCGUACUAGAGCACUCCUUGCCCCCCCUCCGCCACCUCCGACUGCGCAGCCACUCCAACAGACCAACGUCCAGAUGACGAACGAAAUCACCCUCCCUGUUGGAAAGAAGAGGAAAUCGAUGGAUGGGACUGACGUUCCCAAUCUUUCCUCUGCCUCAGCUCUUCCACCUUGGAGGACUGCAUCUCUUCGAUUAGAGGAUCGUGUGUCCUCGCCUUCCGAUAAGAACAUGGGCGCACCCGAUUCUCCUAAGCAAUCGAGUAAGUUCGCAAGAAUGGAAAAGCGACUGAAGCGCUUUGAGGGCGAGUACACGACGUACCGUGAACCAACCCCGCCCCCUACUGCUGGACCAAUAGUUGGCACCUGCCAAGAUCUGGAGAAGCCCUAUCUUCGUCUGACCUCUGCGCCCAAUCCGGCCAAAGUUCGCCCUCCUCACAUCUUGCGGCAGUCUUUGGAGCUGCUCAAGAAGAAGUGGAAGCAAGAUCAAAACUACGGCUACAUCUGUGAUCAGUUCAAGUCCAUGCGACAGGACCUCACAGUGCAGCGUAUUCGCGACGAAUUCACAGUUGAAGUAUACGAAAUUCAUGCCCGGAUUGCCUUAGAGAAGGGGGAUCUCGGUGAGUAUAAUCAGUGCCAGACCCAGCUCAAGAGCUUGUAUAAGCUGGGCCUGAAGGGCAAGCCCAAUGAGUUUAAGGCAUACCGUAUUCUGUACUACAUCCACACAGCAAACCGCACAGAGCUGAAUAACGCUCUGGCAGAUCUAACCCCAGCAGAGAAAAGGGACCCAGCAAUCAAACAUGCGCUUGAUGUUCGCUCCGCCCUCGCCUUGGGCAACUAUCAUCGUUUCUUCCAGCUCUACAAUGAGACGCCUAACAUGGGCGCCUAUCUCAUAGAUAUGUUCGUUGGCAGAGAACGUCUCGCUGCUCUUUGCGCCAUUUGCAAAGCAUACAAGCCCGAUGUUCCUCUGCGCUUCGUCACUGAGGAACUGUAUUUCGAAUCUGACGUCGAAGCCGCGCAGUUUAUCAUCGACAACGGAGGCCAAGACCUUCUCGAGGACCGGAAUGGCACCAUUGUGUUUCUCACUGCCAAAGCUGGCCAACGCUUCGAGGGUCCCAAGGCCGCUGCCUUCUCGCGCAUCGACAUCAAGGGCCAGAUCUAA